GGUCGACCACGCCUCCUCUUCGCUGGCGAGGGAACUAUUGACAGCCAGGGUGGACAGCAAUGCACUCACGGGGCUUUCCUUUCUGGCAUUGAGCGUGCCUUCGAUGUGUUGGAUUACCUUCAGCAAGGGGGUCGUUGCCGUCUUCGAGAUGUACGCAUUGUGGACUACCUCAUGGGCCGUGGUAGUCGCUCUUUCCCCCCUCACAGCAUGGUGAGACGAGGCAUGAAGUCUGUCGCAUCCAGUGCUAGCACUAGCACGGGUACCGCUAGUCCUCCCUCCACUCCCCGUCGUCACUAUCGGCGACGCGCCAGACGCUACUCUGAGACUGCUAGUUUGGACGGUGACACGACUUCACCUUCCACCUCCGCCACUUCCUCCUCUGCCUCUUCAAACUGUUCCGCUGAUUCACCGAGAGGUGGCAGUCGUUUGCAUUGGCCUAGUAGAACCUCCAAAUGGGCGUUGACUAAAGCUGCUAGUGAUUCCUCGCCCGCUUGUGUGCCUCCUCCACGUAAGCGUCUGUGUCAAGAAAGCAGACCAAACAGUGUGGAAUUUGUGGAGUCGUCUGUUGCCAGCAUAAACAAUGGUGGUGCUAUGGCAUCACUCGGUGCAGUCCGGCAGCUCUUCAACCUUCCCCCAUGCCAUCUUCUUGCCCUAGAGGCACCAAAAUAG